UUAUUGACUUUGACAGUAGAUACGUAAUUGAAGAUGGAUACUCAUGUCGGGCGUAUUAUGUAGACAGUGACAUUUAUUCAGUUUUCUCUGUUUAUGCGAAAGAACUGUCAAUCAGUGGUCAAUUUCUUGAGCAUUAAUAGUUCCAGAAAUAAAACUUCAGCAUGAUGUCUGAUCGGAAAGCAGAACUAGAAAGGAAGAAGGCUAAGCUUCAAGCUAUUAGAGAAGAAAAAGAAAGGCGCAGGAGAGAAAAAGAGCAAAAGGAUGUGGAAGAAGCGACUGUCCGUGCUGCUGGCACGGACAAGGAUCAUCGUAAGGAACUUGAUGCCAUGCUCUCAUCUUUGGGAGUUGCACCAGUCUCAGAUGUAUUAUCUAGUCUCUCCAGUAUGAGUUCACUGACGCCUGAACAAAGCAACAAUGCUACACCUGAUGUCAGUUUACAGCCAUCCAGUAUCAAUUCAGCUCAAAGUGGAACCGGACGAAGGAAGCCUACCAGGGAGCUGACAGUUGUGUCAGUUGCCCAUACAAACAUUCCUCCAAAGGAGCCAGUUGUUUACAGCAAACAAACGCAGACUGCACAGGCUGCUCAUACUUCCCAUGACGGACUGUCCACCUCCUCUUCCGCAUACACCAUCUACUCUUCCUGUUCAACAACAACACCAACUCACUCUUGCUCCGCAGGCUACUUUGAGACCGACUGGUGGCGCCCCAGGAAAGGUGGGUCUGCACCAAACUACCUAUACGAGUACAAUCUAAAUCCUGGUUUAGAAUGGGAGGACGAAUUCACAGUUUUGACAUAUGAUGAUGGCCAAGCCGAGGAUGAAGAGAGCAGCUUGCCCCACAUGGAUGGUUUCCAGAGUAAACUACCACCGGGAAUUCUACCUCACGGUUUGCCACAAGUCAAGGAAGUUCAGCCGGCAAUUACCCAAGUGGAACAGGAAAAGGAAAAGGAGAAGCCUAAGGAAGUCAAGGAACUGAGCGAGGAAGAGAAACUCAUGAUUAUACUGUCCGAGGAUUUUCGAAAAUUCUUCGACAGAGCGUGUAGGAUCGUUGAGAGAGCCAUUGGGGAGUCUGUUGAUAUUUAUACUGAUUAUACCGGUACGAUAGACGGCGAGGAUGCCAUGGAUGAGAAAAGUCAUCAGCGACUUUGGCUGAAUCGUAAUUUCUUCUGCGAGCGCUGGUCGCGCAAUCGAUGCGUUACGUCUAUGGAUUGGUCGCCUCAGUUUCCUGAGCUGCUGGUUGCUUCGUACAAUAACAACGAUGACACUCCUAAUGAUCCGGAUGGCGUCUGUCUUGUGUGGAACACGAAAUUCAAGAAGACUACGCCUGAGUAUAUAUUUCAUUGUCAGUCUCCGGUUAUGUCCACUACCUUUGCGAGAUUUCAUCCUAAUCUCAUUCUGGGAGGGACGUACUCCGGACAGAUUGUUCUGUGGGACAACAGGGUCCAGAAGAGAACUCCGAUUCAGCGUACUCCUCUAUCCGCUGCUGCUCAUACGCAUCCCGUUUACUGUCUGAGCGUUGUUGGAACGCAGAAUGCCCAUAAUCUGAUAAGUAUCUCGACCGAUGGUAAACUCUGCUCCUGGAGCUUGGACAUGCUCUCGCAACCCCAGGAGAAACUGGAUCUUCAGACGAAACAGUCUAAGCCUAUUGCGGUCACGUCGUUGGCGUUUCCACACAGUGACGUUAACAACUUCAUCGUAGGGAGUGAAGAUGGCACUGUUUACUCUGCUUGCCGUCACGGUACCAAAGCUGGCGUGACGGAAACGUACGAGGGUCAUCAAGGUCCGGUCACUGGAGUUAGCGCACACCUGGUACAGGAUGGUAUUGAUUUCUCUCAUCUCUUCCUUACCUCCUCCAUCGAUUGGACCAUCAAGCUUUGGAGUCUCAAGGAAAAUAAACCCCUGUACUCCUUUGAACACAAUGGCGAUUAUGUGUACGACGUCGCCUGGUCGCCAACACAUCCGGCACUCUUUGCCGCCGUUGAUGGGCAGGGUAGACUUGACCUCUGGAAUCUUAAUCAGGAUACCGAGAUUCCCGCGGCCAGCAUCGUCGUGGAUGGUGCUCCUGCGUUAAAUAGAGUCUCUUGGACUCCUAGUGGGUUACACGUUACAGUUGGCGAUGACACUGGCAAGAUCUGGGUCUACGAUGUCGCCGAGCAUCUGGCACAUCCCAAGAUCGAUGAGUGGAAUAAAUUCCUGCAGACGCAGCAGGAACUCAAGAAUAAUAAAGCGGACGAGGAGUUGGAUAAACUUAAUCUAAGCUCAGGACCUUCGUCCUUAACGUCUAUGACUUCGAUGUCCUCCUGCUCCAUCAGAUAGACAGAUAAGCCCGAUUUAGCUGCUAUAUAUAUGAAGUCCUUAAUACUCUAGCCUAACCACGCAACGUUACAAUUAGUGCAACUCACUGCAAGUCGGAACUAAGAAUUAACGACAGGCCGAUGAUAUACUAAAAUUUAUUUAAUACUUCUAGCAUUGCUACGAGGUUAGGCAGCGUUUCACGUGCUUGUUAUAAUAUGAAAACGAAAUGACAUUUUUGUUUUGUAAAGAAAGAAAAGAGAGUAACCAAGGGAACUGAUGAUACCACUAUUAAUCUCCUGUCUCGCUCUGUAAUGACUAUGGUCGUUUGUUUUUGAUUAAACGAUUCUUGCGUCUUGGCCUCUAACGGAGAAAAUAAAAUAAAGAAAUUGCGAUAUUGUUAAUGCGAAGCAUUUCACAAUGAAUAAAUGAGUAUUUAUCUUUUCUGCUUUCUAUGUAAAUAAUAUGUAAUCCUAAAUUUAUUGACAAUUUAACUUCUUGAAGGUGGAAUGGUGUAUGCGAUGGUUUACCGAAUGAAUGUAAAUCAAAUUGUAAAAUAACUUUGUCAAUUGUUUUAAUCAUAUUUUUAAAAGUCAGUUGACCGUACUUUAAAAGUUCUUUGCGGUUUGAUAAUUUCUUUUUCUUUUUUAGUAAUGCUCAAAAUUCGAGCCAGGCAUAGCGAACUGAUAAAUUAUCUUCUGUAAUUUCUUUUUUUAAAUUGAUUUAGCUGAAUUUGUAUAAGUUAUCAAAUAAAAGAAUGGUUCGAAUAAAGUCGUAUCGCAGUAAAGAUA